AUGACGGAAGCACUCUCCAAGGUCGAUUCUGCCGUCGAGGGCAUCGACACCAACAAGGACGCCAAGGACACGAAGAAGCCUAGGAUGUCUUCGAUCGCAGCCCCUGGCGUGUGGAAUAUCAAGGAUAUUGAGGAGCAAAAGAUCGAGCUGCAAAUAGCUCCCGAGACACAGAAGACUGGAUGGAAGGUCAACACGUCACCAUCGACGGUUGAGGACAAGGACAUCCUGAAGAAGAUGCUCACUGAGCCACCAGUCAAGAAGAUCGACCUGCACUUCCCAUUGGGCCUCGAGGUCACGGCACGGAACCUCAAGGGUGUGACAAUCAAGGAUGCACUGGAUGCUAUCCACAAGCAGUUCAAGAAGAGGCAAGACGACGAGCUGGACAAGCCCUACCUAGCCGGAUUUGAGUGGGACAAGGAGGAGUCAUGGACCAGACUGGUGGUUCACCUGCAGGUCAACAGCGGCGUGGUGGCAAGCUCAUCGGGCAAGAAGAAGAACAAGAAGCACGCCGAAGAGUAA